AUGUUUUGGAGUUGCAGACAAAGUAUCUUUGCUGAAAUGAAGAAGAAAUUUUCACAGGUGGAAAGUGCUGCUGAGGAACCCAGGGUGCUAUGUAUAAUACAAGAUACCACAAAUUCCAAGACAGUGAAUGAGCGUGUUACCUUGAACCUGCCAGCUUCCACACCACUUAAGAGGCUGUUUGAAGACGUGGCUUCGAAAGUGGGCUAUGUGAAUGGAACUUUUGAUUUAAUGUGGGGAAAUGGAGAUAACGUAACCGAUAUGACUCCAGUAGAUCAGAACAGUGACAAAACUCUUCUUGAUGCUGGUUUUGAGCCAGGGAAGAAGAAUUUUCUGCAUUUGACAGACAAAGAUGGUGAGCAGCCUCAUCUAAUGCCAGAGGAAUCGAGUACAGCAGAUGACAGUGCGCAAGACAGAUUUAUAGGCCCUCUUCCACGAGAAGGCUCCGUUGGCUGUACCAAUGACUAUGUCAGUCAAAGCUAUUCUUAUUCUUCAGUCCUGAGCAAAUCGGAGACAGGUUAUGUGGGGCUAGUAAAUCAAGCAAUGACUUGCUACUUGAACAGCCUUCUACAAACGCUUUUCAUGACUCCUGAAUUUAGAAAUGCAUUAUAUAAAUGGGAAUUUGAAGAAUCUGAAGAGGAUCCUGUGACGAGUAUCCCCUACCAGCUUCAAAGACUCUUUGUUUUACUGCAGACCAGCAAAAAAAGAGCAAUUGAAACAACAGAUGUUACACGGAGUUUUGGAUGGGAUAGUAGUGAGGCAUGGCAGCAACAUGAUGUGCAGGAGCUUUGUAGAGUCAUGUUUGAUGCUUUGGAGCAAAAAUGGAAGCAAACAGAACAGGCCGAUCUUAUAAAUCAACUGUAUCAAGGCAAACUGAAGGACUAUGUACGGUGUCUAGAAUGUGGCUACGAAGGCUGGAGGAUCGACACUUACCUGGAUAUUCCUUUGGUCAUCCGGCCAUACGGCUCCAACCAGGCGUUUGCUAGCGUGGAAGAAGCACUGCAUGCUUUCAUUCAGCCUGAGAUUCUUGAUGGCCCCAAUCAGUAUUUUUGUGAACGAUGUAAGAAGAAAUGUGAUGCCAGGAAGGGUCUGCGGUUCUUGCAUUUUCCAUAUCUGCUGACAUUACAGCUGAAGAGAUUUGACUUCGAUUACACAACUAUGCACAGGAUUAAACUCAAUGAUCGUAUGACUUUUCCUGAGGAGUUAGACAUGAGUGUCUUCAUUGAUGUUGAAGAUGAGAAGUCCCCUCAGACUGAGAGUUGCACUGAUAGUGGAGCUGAAAAUGAAGGCAGUUGUCACAGUGAUCAGAUGAGCAAUGAUUUUUCCAACGAUGAUGGAGUUGAUGAAGGAAUCUGCCUUGAAAGCAAUAGUGCAGCAGAAAGAAUUUCUAAAGCUGGCAGUGAAAAGAGUUCUUUACUGUAUGAGCUCUUUUCUGUUAUGGUUCAUUCUGGAAGUGCUGCUGGUGGCCAUUAUUAUGCCUGUAUAAAAUCUUUUAGUGAUGACCAGUGGUACAGCUUUAAUGAUCAGCAUGUUAGCAAGAUAACUCAGGAAGAUAUUAAGAAAACAUAUGGUGGAUCUUCUGGAAGCAGAGGCUAUUAUUCCAGUGCUUUUGCUAGCUCCACAAAUGCAUACAUGCUGAUAUACAGACUGAAGGAUCCAACAAGAAAUGCAAAGUUUCUUGAGGCACAUGAGUAUCCAGAGCAUAUUAAACAACUGGUACAGAAAGAGAGAGAAUUGGAAGAACAAGAAAAGAGGCAACGUGAAAUUGAGCGCAACACUUGCAAGAUUAAAUUGUUCUGCAUGCAUCCGACAAAACAAAUAAUGAUGGAGAACAAAUUAGAGGUUCAUAAGGACAGGACACUGAAGGAAGCUGUGGAAAUGGCUUACAAGCUAAUGGAUUUAGAAGAGGCCGUUCCUUUGGAUUGCUGCCGUCUUGUCAAAUACGAUGAGUUUCAUGACUACUUGGAACGAUCUUAUGAAGGAGAAGAGGAUACACCGAUGGGUUUAUUACUUGGAGGUGUCAAAUCAACGUACAUGUUUGACUUAUUGUUGGAAACAAGAAGACCUGACCAAAUUUUCCAGUGCUAUAAACCUGGUGGUAAGACAUGUAAUUACAUACAGACAAGGAUAGUUGACCUAAAAACUGAAUCAGUUGCGCCUCCGAUAAGCGUACGAGCUUAUUUGAAUCAAACAGUUUCAGAAUUUAAACAGCUAAUUUCAAAGGCUACACACCUGCCGGCCGAAACAAUGCGGGUAGUGUUGGAACGUUGCUACAAUGACUUGCGUCUUCUGAACGUUUCCAGCAAAACGCUGAAAGCUGAAGGCUUUUUUAGAAGCAACAAGGUAUUUAUUGAAAGCUCAGAGUCUUUAGAUCGUCAUGUGGCAUAUACUGAUUCUCAUUUAUGGAAACUUUUGGAUCGUCAUGCAAAUACAAUCAGACUAUAUGUUUCAUUACCAGAGCAAUCACCUGGAUCUCAGUUUAGACGAGCAGUUUAUCAGAAGUCUAGUGGAGAUUCAGGCAACUUGGAUGAAACUUGUGAAAGAGUAAAAGGACCUGUAGGUAAUAUGAAAUCUGUAGAGGCAAUUCUGGAAGAAAGCACUGAAAAGCUUAAAAGCUUGUCCCUGCAGCAGCAGCAGGAGGGAGAUAAUGGAGACAGCAGCAAAAGCACAGAAGCCAGUGAUUUUGAAAACAUUGAAUCGCCUUUAAAUGAAAUAGACUCUUCGGCAUCAGCAGAAAACAGAGAACUUGAAAACCAAAUUCAGAUUUCUGAUCCAGAAAAUCUCCAAUCUGAGGAACGGUCAGAUUCAGAUGUAAAUAACGACAGGAGUACAAGUUCGGUGGACAGUGAUAUCCUCAGCUCCAGUCACAGCAGUGAUACUUUAUGCAAUGUGGACAAUGCCCCACUUCCCUUGGCUAAUGGACUUGAUUCUCAUAGCAUCACGAGUAGUAGGAGAUCAAAAGCUAAUCAGGGGAAGAAAGAAACCUGGGACACAGCAGAAGAAGAUUCUGGAACAGAUAGUGAAUACGAUGAAAGUGGCAAGAGCAGAGGAGAAGCACAAUAUAUGUACUUUAAGUCAGAACCCUAUGCUGCAGAUGAAGGUUUGGGAGAAGGGCAAAAAU